GCGACGUCGCAUACAUCGGUGUUGACGAGGAAUAUGGCGGCGACUACAGUAGCGAGAAAGCGUAAGAGUACUGGCGAUUCGAGCGGAGUCGUCAAGAAGGUGAAGACGACCAAGUCGGCCGAUAAGCCUGCGCCCAUCCGGUCGGCGCUGAAGAAGCCCAAGGAGAAACGGAAGAAGGCGCCGGUAGCGAAGGUGAAGGACAGCAAGACUGGUCAUGCAUCACCAGGUGCGGAGGCGCAAGGCGAAGAUGUAACGGAGAACUCCGCCACACAGCUUGCCGGGCUAGAUGCUGAAGGCGACGUCGAGCUCACUGAAGACCAAACCGCUGCUCUGAUUGCCGGCUUCUCGGACAGUGAGGAUGAAGCAGAGGUUCAGGAUGAAGUUGGUGUCGCCUUGGAGAAGCUACCACAAGCGCCGCGCGUAGGCGAGGUUACGAAGCGUAUCAAGGAUGCUACAGCAGAUGACUCCGAAGCGACGCCCGGAGUUGUCUAUCUUGGCCGAAUACCGCAUGGCUUCUACGAGUCACAGAUGCGCGCCUACUUUACGCAAUUCGGCGAAAUCUCGCGUCUACGGCUGGCACGCAACAGGAAGACCGGCAGGAGCCAGCAUUACGGCUUCAUCGAGUUCGGGAGCAAAGCGGUAGCAGAGAUCGUGGCAAAGACGAUGGACAAGUACUUGCUGUUCGGACACAUCUUGCAGGUGCGCACUGUUCCGAGCGAGCAGAUUCAGGAAGGCUUCUGGAAGAACAGUGGGCGGCGCAAGAAGCCGGCGCCUCGCAACCGACUUGAGGGUGCGAAGCUCAAAAGGGGCAUGGUGCGAGAAGAUUGGGAGAAGCGUGUCACAAGGGAGGAGCAGAAGCGACUGAAGAAAGCUGAGAAGCUGAGUGAGAUUGGCUACGAAUUCGAGAUACCGGCAUUGAAGGCAGUGGAUGAGGUGCCUGUGAAGACUCGGCAGCUCGAGGAUGCUGGUGUGGUAUAGCAUUUCUG